AUGGACCUUCGCUCUUGCUGUGCAGUUCUCGUCGGGUUGGUACUACUCACUCGCCCUGAGGGAGACGGGGAGGAGACACAGCGCUGGGCCGCGUUCGAGGCGUGGUUCGCGGAACAGGGCGGAUCGCGCCACGCGGGGGUGCAGCUCCGGACUCUUCCCACAUUCGGCCGCUCCGUCGUAGCCGCGCACGACAUCGCCACAGGCGAAACGCUGCUCUCGGUCCCGUUUUCGCUCGUGGUCGACAGUGCCGACGCCCCGCUGGCGACCGCUGCUCCCGAGAUACGCCGAAUACUUGACGAGGAGUUCCCGCUGUCGGCGACCAACGAGAACGCGCUCCUUCUGCUGGUCCACAAGAACGACCCAAAUUCGCCCUGGCAGCGCUACAUCGAUGUCUUGCCCUCGACAUUCUCCACCACGCUCUUCUUCUCCGAUGACGAGUUGAGCUAUCUCGAGGGCUCGUCGCUUCACCAUUUCGCGCGUCAGCGGCGAAGGGCGAUCGAGUCACAGUACGACACCAUCUUUACGCCGCUAUUUGUGGACUACCCCGAGCACUUCGCACCGGAGCAGUUUUCGCUCGAUGCGUGGAAGUGGGCGCUCUCAGUGAUCUGGUCCCGGUCGUUCGUGGUCGAUGAGGGGAAGAGAGGGCUCGUUCCCUGGGCGGACAUGUUCAACAUGGCGCCGGAAACCGAGCAGGUCAAGGUCGCAGUCGAUGCUGUCGACCAUCAUCUGAUCUACUCGGCGCGCAGCCCAAUCAAGAAGGGCGAACAGAUAUUCGUCGCCUACGGACAGUCCAGGCAGAUGAGCAACGCCCAGCUCCUCAUGGACUACGGCUUCGUGCUCGAGAAUAACCCUCACGACGCCGUCGUCUUCCCCAUGACCCACUCCUCGUCCGCGUCGCCACGAAAGAGGGGCCUACUGAGGGCGCACGACCUGGACCGAGACCAGUUCUUCGUGGGGCCGCCAGCGCUGGGGGAGUUCCCCGAGCACCUGCUGGCGGCGUUCCGGGUGACGGUGGCCACCGAGCAGGAGCUGGAUGCGCUGCUGGAGCAGAGUGCGCAGGGCAGGCAGCGACUGCCCUCCCGGGUCUCGCGACGCAACGAGCUCGCCGCGCUCCGGCUGCUGGAGAGCAACGUGAGAAAGCUACGGGCGAGCUAUCCAGAGCACGUGAUGUCGCGAGCGCUCGGGGCGAACGCCAGGGCCGCGCUGGCGGUUUGCCAGGGGGAGAAGAGGAUGUGGGACCAGCUGCUGACCCAGAUCCAGGAGCGCCGACAGCGCCAGACAGCUGCCGCGUUGUAG